AGCACAGGUAUGCAGAUGCGUCCCUUCUGUAUUUCUAACCUUUUAAACUGCACCGCGCUCGGAUUGUGCGUCUGUGGCUGUGAGGGUUCAGUAUUGCGGCUGAAGUCCUCUUGGUGACGCUCUGCUGACAUCACUUUGAUAUUCCCCCACUCAGCUCUCCGCAUCAGACACACGGAGCUCCAGCACUCUCACACACACUCCGUCCACACUUUGUUUCCAUUUCGCUCCGCUCGCCUUGUACAAGACGCACCGGCACAAAAACACAGCCACCGGCUGCCUGCGCACUGCGGCCGGUCCACGUGGGGAGGGCUCUGACUCUUCCUGUCAUUAACAGAAUUAAAGCAAAGGACAGAGAAACUAAUCACGGUCCAGACUGAGGAGAGGCGCGCUCAGAGCGGCAGGAGGAGAGAGAAGCUGUAACUUGGCUGCUUUCAGCGCAGGCGGUCUGAACUGAGCUCGAAGUUUCUUGGCUGAUCGGAGAAGGAAUAAUUUGGAGCCCGGCUGAAACGCACGGCGCUGUUGUGGAUAUUACGUCCACCUUAUCUCCUGUGUAUAAGAAUGGCGAGAGAUUACGCAGCGCGCUGCCCGGUGUAUCCGAUGAGAAACGCUUGGCUGGUGGCAGUAGCGGUCCUGCUUGCAGCCCAAGAAAUUGGGGCUCCAAAAGUGCAAGUUGCGGAGGAGCUGGAGGCGUAUCCCACUGAGUCUGUUGAGCUCAGCUGCCAAUUUAACGAUGGAGGCGGUCUGACCAAGCUCACACAGGUGUCUUGGAUAUGGGAACCUUCUGACGGGCACAGGGACAACAUUGCUGUGUACCACCCGGUGUAUGGACAGAGUUUCCCUAAUGUGGCCUUCAAGGACCGGGUUGUGUUCCUUCACAACAGUCUGGAGAACCCAUCCAUCAGGAUUUCUAACCUGAGAAUGUCCGAUGCCGGUCGCUAUACCUGCGAGUACGCCACCUAUCCUACUGGAAAUGAACAAGGGACAACCACCCUCAUCAUGCUUUCCAAGCCCAAGAAUUCGGCCAAUGGUGUGACUGUCCAAGCUGGCACCAAGUCGGUGGUGGUAGCCCGGUGUGAGGCAGCGGACGCCAAACCAGCAGCCACGAUCGAGUGGUUGGCGCCAGUGGGAGGCAAUCAUUCGACCAGCACCACGAGUGGGCCAGACGGCACGGUGACGGUACGCAGCGAGUAUCGGCUGGUCCCUACACCGGCAGACAACGGCAGGGAAGUGAUCUGCAGAGUCAACCAGAAGACACAGAAGCAGCCUUGGGUUUACCCUAUCAAGCUAUCUGUGGAGUAUCUACCCUCUGUGUCCAUUGAGGGAUACGACCACAACUGGUACGUUGGCCGUUCUGAUGCCACGCUGGUCUGCCUGGCUAACGCCAACCCCGAGCCCACAACAAUCACCUGGACUGCGGCUUCUGGUCCUUUGCCAGAAACAGUGGUGGUGGAGGGCAACAAGCUGACAGUGAGGAAGGUGGAUGAUGCUGUCAACACCACCUUCAUCUGUGAGGUCAAGAAUCGGCUCGGGUCCAGCAGGAACCAAAUCACCACUGUUGUCAUUGAAGCCUUGGAGGAUCCAUCCAGUGCCGGUGUAGUGGCAGGCGCAGUGAUCGGCUCCCUUCUGGCUCUGCUAUUGGUUGUUGCGCUCAUUGCCGUCCUCCUGACCCGCAGCCGCCGGCAGCAGAGGCGCGGGUACCCCAGCAGUGGGGACUCCAUUGCAACAGGCAGCGGUGGAAGCAAUGGCGGAGACUAUGGCAACAAAGCCCGUCUGCUCUUCAGCAACUCCGGUAACAACAGCAGCAAGAAUGGGACUGGCACAAACAACAACGGGCCCAUCUACACGUAUCGGGAGGGCUGCGAUGCCACGGGAACUCUAACAGAAAAGGCCAACGACUACCACCAUCAUCAUCUCCACCACGCCUCAACCGGCAACGCUCCUACUGCCCAUGACAUCCUUCUUAGCAGUGAGAUGGAUGAAGCUGAGAGGAGGAAGUUUGACCUCGAUGACAGCAUGGAGGAAGAAGAGGAGCGAUACGACAGAUUUGGAGGAGCGGGCGGAGGCGGAAACAUUCUGCCUCCAGCCUAUCACGUCCACCGAGGCCACGCUGGCGAAGAAAUGGAUGUGUACCUGGACGACGACAUGGAGUCUCAGAGAGACGGCUCUGUUAUUUCCCGGACUGCCAUUUACGUCUGAGGAAGAAGGGGACGGAUGGAAACGGCAAAGGCUGAAGAUAAGAAAAGGAGAUGUAGUGGAGGAAGUGGUGCAUCCGAGCCAGCCCCUUUCACCUCUAAACAAAUCAGCAUCACCUCCAUUAGCUAGACACCUGCCUGCUUAUCAUUCAACCUGAUUAAAGAUCUGCCAUCAGUUAUAUCCUCUCAGCCUGACAGUGACCGUGUACUUUGAUGAAAGGUGGAUUUAGCGAAAAAUAAUAAAAAGUUGUUGUUAGGCUGAUAAAGGAGGACUUGCAGUGGAAAUAGUGCACUGUGGCUGAAUAUGUGACUGUGUUUAACUGUGUCAUGGAGAAGAUUGGAUUCAGUGUCACGGGAAUAAAAAAAUACUGCCAAGAGCAAAAAAAGCUACAGUAACUCUGACGCAAUGCUGCUUAUUGCUACGUUCUUGUUUCUUCAGCUUUGCUGUGUGAUUAUGUGCUGAGUGACUAAACUGUUUGUAUUUUAUACCUUACCAGAAAAUGUAAUCAGCAAAAUCUGAAGCACCAUAAUCACUUAAGAAAAAAUCACCACUAUCCAAAACUCGCCUUUCUGCUUCAAAAGAAAAGAAAAAUCGUCAUCACGUUGAACUCUGUGUUAAACUGUCCGAAAGGCUUCUGUGGAUCUUGCUGACGCGAUGGAGAUGCCAGCUCUUCUGACUUCAGUCGAGGCAUUUCGAAACUUGAAAAGGCCAAACUUGUUUCUGUUAAUCCCAGAGACGACUUUGUUUGGGCUUACUGUGACUCCGGGUUCCCGCUGCACCCCGCGACACCACAUGGUUUCCUGAUGGGUGCCGCUGAAGCGAGAGCCACCAAACUGAGUAACAUAACAGACUUAACAGUAUGUGCUAAUGUGUGGCUGGCUGUGGUGUUAAUGAUGUGCAUCAUCUAUAUAUUGGGCGCCGUCUCACGAUAGCACAGUUGUUGUUAUUGUUGUUGUUGUUGUUCUAGUUGUUGUUGUUACUGUUGUGUAAUGGUGUUGAUCUCGCUAAGGAAAAGAUGCACCGACACACUCGGGGGUUUCACACAGUUCCACAUUGGAUCGGUAAUGACUCAUUUAAUGAAUUUAAAAAAGAUUAUUUGUUUCCGACUCAACUUUUUCCCUUUCCAGUUUAGUUUUCUCCGUGUUAUCGCCAUCUUUAUUUCCCCCCUUUUCUAUCCACGCCAUCUCGUUCUGUUCCACAUGAAUUCUAAGCGAUUUGUAUAUUGUCCUUUCACUCUGUCCCACACACAUUACAUCUCUCCCUCUCAUUCUGGGCUUUCUUUAUUUACAUAAUGGGCGGCUUAGACUGCCGCAAUGACUGUGUGCAGGGAGAAGGGGAUAACUUGUAUUUAUAUUCCUAUCUGGGUCGCAUUCAAUGAGGCAAAAUAUUCACCGGCUUUGUUGGGGGCUGCUGUAUUUCAUGUAUUCAUUUUCCAUGUCCCGCCGAAUGUUCUUACGCCAUGUAGCGGAUUAUUCUGUGUUCGGAGCUCUGAUUGGACAGAAAGACACAGUCCAAGAUAUAUUUCAAGAGAGGAUGUGAAAACAUUCAAAAUUAAAUCCUAAACUCUCAAGCCUUUGUUUCUUGUCCACUGCAGAAGUACAGGUAGUGGUACAUGUCUGGUUAAAAUAAGUGACCCAUCUGUUGACGGGGCGCAGAUGCUUCACUUUUCCGGAAGAUAAUAGUGCCGGGGAAUUUCUUGAACGUGCAAAGGUUACAUAUUUUCAUGAUUUUUGUUUGACUUUGUUUUAUUGAGGUACUUCUCUGAACUGUUGGUAGAAUGGAUUUUUUCCAACACAUUUGUUAAGACAUAACAAGAAUUGGAAAAUGACACUGAGCUCAUAUAUUGUUGGAACAUUUUUGCCUUAUUGAUUCAAAGGUUUUUCCUGCUCAUAUUUUUAUUGUUAGACAUCCAAAUGGUCUUUUGUGUGUAUGUGUGUGUUUUUUUUUUAAUUAAGUCUUGAAUCACUUGUCUUUAUUAUGCCAAACUGCUUGCGAUGGCACAAUUGGAAGAUCUGGGCAGGGAAAUCUUACAGCUCAGACAGACGUCUUUUGAGAUGCAACGACAGCCAACAAGGACACAGUUAAAGCGUAAUAGAGGAGUGGUGCCUAGAUGCUUCAGCAGCUGAACUGAGCACAUCUUCUGCUUUUCAAGCUCCCUAUGCUACAUCACAAACACGCACUGGAUUACUAUAGAUGUGCUGUGUUUGAUUCGGGUGGUGUUUGUUUUGCAGCUGAGAGUACAGUCAGUAAAUCCAGAAAUGAAAAACAGUUUGGUAUUAACAGUCAUUUACACUAUAGAGUAUUUUAGAAAUAUUUAUGAGAAAAAGGGAAUCUUUAAGGAAUGUGAUUAUAGUUAAUCACGGAGCAGUCAGUACAUUUAGAGCGCGGACCGUUUAUAGAAAGUUAUUUUUCAAAUUUACAUUGUAAAUCUAUCGUAUUUCAUUAUGAUUAUUUUUUAUGUCUAAAGUGCUUUGUAAGAGUAUUUUGUCAUGAAUAACGAAGACAUUAUUGCCCAACAUGGAAUAUCUGUGGGUUGUAGAUCUGAACAUGGACUUGAUUGUGAAAUGAAAGCGGAGAUAUUUAAAAGUCAAAACCUUAUUGAUUUUUUUUGGUGUGUGUGUGUGCGCGUGUGUUUUUAAGAAGACUGUAUCAGCUCUACUCCCACCCAAGUCCUGAGCAGGUCCCUUGUUGUUGAUUGUUGUUGAACAUUAUGCGCUGUGCAAUCUGUUGUUCUGUAAUUGAGACAGUCCUAUCUGCUAUGUUACAAAGCAUUUCAGUGCAGACAUUUCAUGAAGCCUCACAGUGUGUUUUGACAAGUUGCCAAUUAAUCUCAGAAGCAGCCAUGGUGUUCUUUUGGUUGUCACAUGUACCACAUGUAGUAGGACUUGUUUAUUGUAUCCCUGGAGAGAAGUUUGGGUUUAAGUAUUUAAGUGUAUUUUCUACUCCGUCGGGUGCAUGCAUGCUCCAAGGUCCUUACUUUUAAACUCUGGAACUCCAAAAUAUGAAAAAGUCAUUUUCUGAUUGUCAUGCUUCAGAUACACUGUAUCGUCUAAUGUAUCUUAUUCAGUACUUAGAGAUAUUUUUUAAUGCAUUUCUGUAUUUUCCAAGUGAAAAUAAGCCCCUCCUCCUCCUUUUUUACUGUAUAAUGUGUUAAUGAUUUUCACCCUGAAAAUGAAACUUUUUUGGAGGCACCCGCUUUCAUCCCCCUCCAGCAUAUUUACCCUCAAUUUGGCCAAUGCAUGCCUCGACGCAUCUUUUCUCUUAGGGGUUCUCACAGCGCCAUAAUUUUAAACAGUUGACUGUGAUCACAACUUUGCGCCUAAUUAGUCCCGGAGUCUUGUACCAUGGAUGCACCCUUAGUGAGAAAACUCAUCAUCAUUCAUAACUUUUGUUUUUGCACAACCCAUUUUCAAUAAAAGAAAAUCUU